AUGCCUGCGCAUCGAUCCGAGCGCGACCCGCGCGGAGGCUCGGGGGAGAAGCCAGAUGCGCUGGAGCGGAUCUCGAGGGAGGCUCGGGAAUACCGCGUUCCCGUGCCUGACAACGUGCCUGUGCCUCUGGUUCGGCGCAUUCGGAGUCUGGAGCUGAAACAGGUAUGCGUGGAGAUGAAACAGCAAUUCCCGUCAUCAACUCACAGGAGCACUCUGACAGGAGCCUAUAUCUGUAGUCGUCUUUGCGCUUCUCUCUCUUCCUCUCUGUCUUUGCAACUCCCUUCUCCUGCUUUUAUGUGGAAUGCUGGCAGCCGUUGCGGUGGUGGGUGCAUGCAUGGGUCCCUCCCUUCAAGGGCUAACUUUCCUAUGCGGAGUGCUGGCAGGGGGGGUGGUGGGCGCAUGCACUGUUCCCUCCCUUCAAGGCUAGCCUUUCUGCCACCUAUUCUUCCUUCUUUUUGCGCACCUACACGCUCUCCUCGCACUCUCUUCUCCCGUCUCUGCAAUGCCUGCGUGCAGUUCCUAUGCGGAGUGCUGGCAGGGGGGGUGGUGGGAGCAUGCACUGGUCCCUUAAAGAACCUUCAAACGAGGGUGAUUGCACAGAAGGGCGGCAGAACGGCUGCUGAGGUGGCAUCCACAGCAGUGCAUAACCGGGCUUUAAGGGACAGCAUUCUGUCUGCGGGGCUCAAGAUGCCCAUCAUCAUGACAGCGCUGAACAGAGGCAUUCAGUUCUACACAUUUGAGACCGUCAAGGCCUGGCUGUUACGAGCCAAUCAGAAGCACCCAAAAACUUUUCAGCUGCCCGAGUCGGUACCUCCCAGCUCAGUGGCAGGGGGAGCAGCAGGCCUGGCUGCCACUCUCCUCCUCUACCCCUUCUCUGCUGUCGGCGACCACAUGAGUCUGCAGCCAGGAAAUUACCCUGGUCUGCGUCAGGCCCUGCUGGGGGUGGCACAGCAGCACGGCGCCUCACAGCUGUUCCGAGGGGUGGUGCCGAAGCUGGCCUCCAUGGUCCCCGCCUCUGCCAUCAACUUCCUUGUCUUCGAAUCGCUGAAAGAUGAAAUCAAGAGACGGAGGAAUGGCAAAGACCCUUCGGCAGCGCAUAUACUCGUCGCCGGCGCCAUCGCAGGAGCAGCAUCCACUAUAGUCACACACCCGUUCGAGCUCUGCCGGCGCGAGAUCAACAUGAGCUUGCUGCCAAAGCACGCCACCCCCACGGGCGGGCACCUAGAGUACAACUCUCUUCGGCAGGCAAUGAGGGGGAUACUGAGGAAGGAGGGGGUGAGGGGGCUGUACAGAGGGGUGCUGCCGAGCCUCAUUGAGCUUGUGCCUGCCACGGCGAUUGGGUUUAUGGUGUAUGAGAUGGGGAAGAGGGUGAUGGUGGCUGAGGGGCAGGAGAGGAGGGAUGAGGUGAAGGGGCACCCACCUUCGCCAUCACUUCCCCCUACUGUCGCCAUCACUUCCCCCUCCCGUCGCCUCCACUUCCCCCUCACGUCGCCUCCACUUCCCCCUCCCGUCGCUUCCACAUCCCCCUACAGUCGCCUCCACUUCCCCCACCCGUCGCCUCCACUUCCCCCUCCCAUCGCCUUCCCUUUUCCUUCCCGUCGCCUCCACUUCCCCCUCCCGUUGCCUCCACUUCCCCCUCCCGUCGCCUCCACUUCCCCCUCCCGUCGCCUCCAGUUCCCCCUCCCGUCACCUCAACCUGCCCCUCCCGUCACCUCAACUUCCCCCUCCCGUCGCCUCCACUUCCCCCCCCCGUCACCACAAGUUCCCCUUUUCCCCCUCUCACCCCCUUCUCCACCCUACUCACUCACUUUCCCCCUUUUCUCACCCCCUUCUCCACCCUGCUCACUCUCUUUCCCUUUCUACACCCUGCUCACCCCUUUCUACACCCUGCUCACCCCUUUCUACACCCUGCGCACUCUCUUUCCCCCUUUCCUCACCCCCUUCACCACCCUGGUCAUUCUCUUUCCCCCUUUGCUCACCCCCUUCAACACACGGCUCACUCUCUUCCACACUUGCUCACCCCCUUCUACGCCCUGCGAUCUCUAUUUCCCCUACAAACACCCUCCCUGUCCCCCAGUCCUACCCUCCCUUCCCCCCCCUCCACCUCGUCCUUCCCCGCACUACCCUUUCCUUUCCACCACACCCGCCCGUCCAAUCCCCCACUUCCCCCGAUCCAAUCCCCCACUUCCCCCCAUCCAAUGCCCCACUCCCCCCCGUCCAAUCCCCCACGUCCCCCCGUCCAAUCCCCCACUUCCCCCCAUCCAAUCCCCCACUUCCCCUGGUCCGCUUUUCCCACACCACUAG